UCGCUGCAACUGUCCGCGUGCCUUCGGUACAGAGGUGACGUGUGAAUAAUCAGUUUCCGACGGAGGUAGCAGAGCCGCAACACCCGGAACCGAAGAAAAACGUCGAUACUGUAAAACAAGGACCGAAGAUAAUUCGCGCGGUAUCGGCCAUAUGCCGUUUUCUUGCACGGUGAACACUCGUGAAUGGUGCACGAUGACAUUUUGGGCCCGUGGGGCCGAAUUCUCAUCAUCGUGGCGGCUGCGCUGACCGCCGUCUUCGCUUUGCUACUAAUCGCCUGCUUCCUCAAGCCGGGAUGCCCCGGAUACGAGUGCGUCAGAAAACGAAAGAGAGAGGCGAAAAGUGUGCCGCCGCUGCGUGUCAAGAGCAAAGGGAACGAGAACGUGAAGCUGAGCGAUGUCAGUUACAGGUCGUGGAGAUUGGGCAGCCUCUACGAAGACGGCAGCAAUGGUACGAUCAACGAGAAUGCCAGCCCGACCGAAGGGAAUUCCUGGAAUUCCAGCAACGCUCAGUUCGGAUGCGCCGAUACCACCUCGUCCACCCUGAACUUGGUGCAAACAGAUAAGCAGAAAACGGAGAAGAAGAAACAAAGGGAAUUCCCGACGGAAUUGACGAUAAGCUUGCAGUACCUGCCGCCCUGUGACGUCACCAUUACCGGAAAACUCGUUAUCGGUAUCGAGGCGUUGUCCGGUCUUCCGCCAAAGCAAUACAACUGCACCCUGGAGCCGUACGUGGCACUGAACAUUACCAAGCAAUCGUGGAGUCACAGGAAACGGCAGAAGCUGCACAGUUUCCGAACGAGGGGUGUCAGGCACACGGCCAGUCCAAUUUUCAAGGAGACGUUCGUCGUGGCUAACGUAAAACCCCACGAAGUUAAGGAUUGGAUUCUCGAUUUCGCGGCGUACGAUCACGACAGAUACGCGAAUCACACGGAAUUGUGUGCUUUUAAGAUGUCGAUGAAGGAGGCGAGGCAGGUUCUCCAGAGUCCUGAAAUUCACAUGUUCAAUUUCCGAAUGAAGCCGUCCAGUUUGGAGUUUGGAAAUAUUUUACUAGGUAUAAGUUAUCUACCCACUGCACAGAGACUGACUAUAAACGUUAUGAAGGUGCGUGACGUGAAGUUUACGCCGACGGUGUCGAGCUUGAACAAUUUUAACCCUUACGUCAAGGUAUUGAUGCUCAACGGAAGAACGGGACAACGAAUGAAGAAGAAGAGAACGAAAUUCGUCAUCGCUGAUUCUCAGCCAGAGUUCAACGAAACGUUGACAUUCGACGUGACGUAUAAUCAAUUAGACAUGGUGCAAUUUCUCGUGGUGCUGUGCAGCAGAACUGCGCCUAUCGAGAUCGCUACGAGCAACGCGGAGCAUCCGAGCGACAGCGAGGAUUCGGUAACAUCGGUUCACAGGGCAAAGGACGUUUUCAUUGGGAAAGUUGCGCUUGGGAAAGGUGUCAGAGGAUCGACCGAAAGGCUACACUGGUUCUCUGUGCUGCAAAAUCCCAGAAAGCUCGUUACCGUGUGGCACGUAUUGAAAUAAUAAUUGAAACUGCAUUGUGAUUUAAGUAUUUUGCCAGAGAAGCAGCAACGCAAAAGGUGGAUAAUUCGGCGUUAUUGCUCAAACCGUCUGUAAUUCUGGA